UUUUUUUUUUUUUGUAUGUGUGUGUGUUGCAAAUUUUCCAAAUUUUGCGAAGAUGCUUGUUAAAAUAAGAUAAAUCAUAAGAUUUCUAAAAUGGACAUUCCUUUUCUUAAAGUAUAUCCUUUUCUUAAUUCAUUGACUUGAUUACUAAAUUUUUACAUUAUUUCAGGUAAAAAUGCGAAAACGAAACUUCUUUACAGUACUUCCAGCUCUUUAAUGGUUUUAAAAGAAUGUUUUGAUAGCACUGCGACUAUAGCUGCUGUAUUGCUUUUUAUUAUCACUGUAGCAUCUUUUGCCGAACCAGCUGAAAGUUGUUCUCUAGGAUAUGAAAAUGGUACUCUAAUCGCAUGUGAAGAAGGUACUGAAAAAGAACCAGAAGCUAAACCUGAAGAAACAUUUCCAUGGAAAGAUAUACGCUUACCAUCUUUUAUAGAACCUGUGCACUAUGAUUUGUUUAUGGAUCUUAAUCUUGAAACAUUUGAAAAUUCUGGACAAGUGAAUAUAACCUUUCAAGUUACAAAUGCAACAAAUUUUAUUGUUUUGCAUUCAAAAGACCUUAAUUUGUUGCGCAUCUUAGUACUUCAGGAUAAUGAAACAAUAAUACCUGUUCUUCAGCAUUUAGAAUAUCCGAAGCAUCAACAGUUAUAUAUAAAGUUUGAUGGAACUUUUAUACCAGAUCUGAAAUAUAAACUGCGGAUUGAUUUUCGUAGACACCUGGAAGAGAGUAUGGAGGGAUUUUAUGUAAGUUCCUAUACUACAUCAGAUGGCGAAAAAAGGUAUCUUGCAACAACUCAGUUUCAACCAACUGCAGCGCGAUCAGCUUUUCCUUGUUUUGAUGAGCCUGCUAUGAAAGCUACGUUUCAACUGAAAAUGGUGCAUGAUGUUAAUUACAGAGCUUAUUUUAAUUCCGAAAUAUUACAAAUUGCUCCAUACUCUGAAGGACGUUCUAUAUCAUCUUUUCAGAAAACUGUUAAAAUGAGCACAUAUUUGGUUGCUUUCAUUGUUUGCGAUUUUAGAGAACGCGAAAUUACAAAUCUUGAUGGCGUUGAUAUUCGAGUACUUGUUCCAUCUGAACAAUGCGAAGAAUCAGAAUAUGCUUUAGAGCUUGCUGCUGAUAUUCUUGACUUUUAUCAAACUUUCUUCAAUAUCAGCUACCCUUUAUCAAAAUUAGAUAUGGCAGCUAUUCCUGAUUUUGCUUAUGGGGCCAUGGAGAAUUGGGGCCUUGUAUCGUUUCGCUUAGUAGCUAUUUUGUACAGUCCUUCAGAAACAUCAGCUAAUAACCAAGGAAUCGUGGCUUCUGUUAUAUCUCAUGAAUUAGCUCAUCAGUGGUUUGGUAAUCUUGUGACUAUGCAGUGGUGGAAUGAUUUGUGGCUGAAUGAAGGGUUUGCAAGUUUUAUGCAAUAUAUUGCUUUAGACAGCAUCAGAUCAGAAUGGGAUAUG